CCUUUUCCUCCCCGACCGUGUCCUAGAUGCAGAGAAAUGGAAACGAAACGUAUACGAAAAGCCAAUUUCAGUGAAAUGGAAGUAAAACAUUUUGUUAGAGGAGAUAUCUAUGGAAAGUGAAAAUCUUUCUUGCUCUUUCUACUAUAAAGUGACGUUGCGAAACAGACAAGAAAUUUGGAAAAACAUCGCGUCCAAGGUGUCGGCAUGUGGAGUGGCCGUUCGGACGGUCCCAGACAUAAAAGACAAAUGGGGUCUCCUGAAAGAAGCUAGUGAAUGUCGACCACCUGAAUACGAAGAGACUGUUGUUGCGAUCCUUGGCAAUAGCACUAGUCUGAUCAAUGGUAUUGCAGUUAAUGGUACAGAUUCAUUUGUGGCUGGACUAGAUGUAACCCAGCCUUCAGGCUCAGGAAGUGAAGGAGUGACUGAGGAAAUAAUUCAAAGUUCAAGACCCCUGACAACAGAAUCUGCUUAGACAACAGCUUGGUCAAGACUUGCAAAAAAGAAAAUGAGUUUUCAAGUCCCUCCACAUCGCUGGCAAACUUCUACCAAUCAGCACCACUGUCCAUGGACAACCAGGAAACCUUUAAAAUGGAAAAAAAGAAAAAAGAGCCAGCAAAGGGGAUGAAGAGCAACAACUCGCAAUAAAAUAUUUGAAAGAACAAACAGCAGAGUCCACACUACGCCAACAAAAAAUAGGACUACAAAUGAAAAAACUCAAACUGAAAGUCAGGCUGCUGGAAGCUAAUAAAAAGCAACCUACAGAAAGAUGAAUGGUAAUUAAACUUGCAGUACUGCCAGUGUAUGCAUUUUUGUAUGUUAGAGUGGAUGUGUAUGCAGUUAAAUUUUUUUUAAUUAUGUCCUUGAUCUUAGAAUGUGCAUCUGUUAAUCUAUUGUUUAAGUGUUGUAUAUUUGUUUUUUUUUUAUCUCUUCUAGAAAUAAAAGAUGUCAUAAGCAACAAA